AUGGACAGGAGCAAGGUGGUAGCUCUACAUAUCUUCAGCAAGGCUCUUGACAAGGUCCCACGUGGAAGUAAAGAUUCAUGUGCCAGCCGUUGUGGGGAAGGGUUGAACCACAAGUAUGACUGCCAAUGCAAUCCCGCCUGUGUGAGACACCGAGAUUGCUGUCAAGACUACAACACAUGCAACUCAAGGAUGUCCUGCAAGGGAAGAUGCAACGAGGCUUAUCACCACACCAAUCCCUGCCACUGCAAUUCCAAGUGUGACCACUACAACAACUGCUGUCAGGAUUACCAUUCUCAGUGCCAAGGGCAUCAGAUUAGCAAUCCUGGGGGUGAUUUCACCAAUCAGGAAAUUCUGCAAAUUUCUGAAGAGAUCUACUCACUGGACAUCAACAAGGCCACCGAGAAUGACAUUCACCUGAACCUUCAGAGUCAUAUUUCGAACUCCCAGACUGGAAAUGAAAUCGAUCGUGCUCAUCACAGGCUCUAUGCAUAUGUGAAUGAAGAUGUCCUGUUCUCGAAGCCAACAUUUGCUAAGUUCAUUGCACUCUUAGACAACUACCACCGAAUGACAGGCACCCCUGAGAAGUUCACUACAGAGCAGCUGGGAGAAGAAGAGGCAUUUCUUAAUGAGAUUAUGAAGACCCCCAUCAUGAACAAGCUGUACAGUGUCCUCCACUCAAAGAACUUGUACAACUCCGUUACGGACUUUAAAGAAGACCUGAAGAAUAUGUGGUUUGGUCUUUACUCCAGAUCCAACAACAUCUUAGAUUCCAGUGGUUUUGAGCAUGUUUUUGCAGGUGAAGUGAAGCGAGGGAAAGUGUCCGGAUUCCACAGCUGGGUGCGGUUUUACUUGGCAGAAAAAAACAAGGAGCUGAAUUAUUAUAGUUACAACUACGACGGUCCGUGGACCAACUAUCCCGAAAUUCUGGCAAUGCAGUUUGAAUGGAAUGGAUAUUACAAAGAAGUGGGCUCAGAGUUCAUUGGUUCCAGUCCCGAAUUUGACUUUGCCAUUUAUACUCUUUGCUUCAUUGCAAAGCCUAAUAACACGUGCAAGGUGAGUCUUGGUGGGAAGACCAUGAAUAUUCAGACCUACACCUGGACUAAGUCCACAUAUGGAAAUGGGAAGAAGUAUGUAGCAUCAUCCUUCCCACUGACACCUUGAGAAAACCAUCAGUCUUCUCUAUGACUCCAUGUGAGGAUCACAAGACUUCUUGAAGACUCAGGGAUCCAGAAUUCUGCUUCCAAGAUGAUCUGUUAUGAAAUAAAGGAGAUUAAUUAGCAUUAUCUGCUUAUGGUUGAUUAGUUCAAGAGACAUUGUUCCUGCUUGCAUUCCACUGCUUAAACUCAACAGAAGCAACCCUGGCACUUUUAUUCUAGCAAUGCACAAUUUAUUAUCCAUCCCCUUGCUGCCCAGAUUCUGCUGUUCAUAUCUAUUUUGCACAAUGUGAAGAGCAAUGUGGACUUGAACUUCUGAAUCGGAGGAUUAACUUCAACAGGAUACCAGAGAAUCUAGCCAAGAUAGCCAACAACUGCUCACCAUAUUCCAAGUGUAUUCUGUCCAAUGCCUUAUAAAGCCUCAGUAUUAAAUCCUUGCUUUUAAAUUCUAGUCCUCUCAAAAUGAAUGCUAACAUUACAAUUGCCUUCCUUACAACCAACUCAACCUGCAAGAUAACCACGAGGGAAUCCUACUCUAGAACUUCCAAGUCCCCUUGCACCUGAUUUCUGAAUUUGCUCUCCACUUAGAAAAUAAUUUACACUUUAUUCCUUCGAACAAAGUGUAUGACCAUACAAUUCCCUA